AUGAAAGAUCUUUUUGAUCAUCUUUACAUUGAGCAGUUUUUAUUUGCUACUUUGGGAAGGCUUACUAGUUUUGAAUAUAUAUUACAUGAUACAUCAGAUAGCAUUAAUCUUGUAACGUUCGAAUGGUUUACAAUUGAAGGAUGCAACCAGCCAGCAAUUGAGAAAAUUAAUUCAAUGAACAAGACGACUUUAAAAUGGGAUAAAAAGCUAGAAACCCUUAAAAAAUAUAGGAAUUUUUACAAUUGUAAACUUAUUUCAGGAGUUACAUUGGAAAUUAAGAAUACUUUUUAUAUUGAUAAGUUUUCGGAUAAACCAAAAGGAUUAUUGGUUGACAUUUUCAUGGCCAUGUCAAAAUAUGUAAAUUUUAAUCCAUGGAUUCAAAUUGUUUCAUUCGAUCUUCAAACAAGACCUGAAAAAAGAGUACCUAGCGACUAUUUCUUAUUUCAAGAGCAUAAGAAAAUUCAAGUUUUACAUGAAAUAAGAACUCAAGUUGACAGCAAUUAUCAUGUCUCAAUGACUUUUGCAGAAAGCAGUCUAAUUUUCCUAAUUACACCUGGAGAACCUUAUACAAUCAGUGAGAAACUAUUCCUUCCAUUUGAUGACGAAACAUGGAUUUGGCUGACGUUGACAUUUGUUGUGACAUUUAUUGUCAUUCUAAUACUAAACAGAAUGCCUCUUAAGUAUCAAAACAUAGUCUACGGUGAAGGAAUCACGACACCCACAUUAAAUAUUGUUUUCAUUUUCUUCGGACUAGGUCAAAUGAAAGUUCCUGAGAAGGCAUAUCCUCGAUUUUUACUACUUAGUUUUAUCGUGUUCUGUUUGAUCUUUCGAACAUGCUAUCAAAGUAAACUAUUUGAAUUCAUGACGUCAGACAUGAGGAAGCCGUCACCAGAAACGAUUAACGAUUUAUACUAUCAAAAUUUUACGAUAGUGACGGUUGGAUAUAGUCAUAUUAUGAAUACUUUGGAGAAUAUGAUCGAAGAGAGUAAAAGACCAAAGAUUCAAGCUUUCACUAACAUCUACGACUUCAAUCAAGAAUUUUUCCAGCAACGAGAAAACUAUUCAGCAAGACUCGCAUUCUAUCUGCCCAACGAUCAACUUCCAAUUCUAGGAUCUGUCUGCAAAUGUUCUCCAAGAAUCCUAAAGCAGUCGCUCUUUACUCACCAAUAUGGAAUUUCAACAUUCAGAAAUCACUUCCUGUUCGAGUUGACUGACGAGAUUGUGCAGCGUUUUAUUCCAAUGGGAAUAAUCCAACAUUCAUACGAGUUCCAUACUUGGGUGAAUUUUCGAAAUAUUGUCGAAGAUGUGGAAAGCACACAAAAAGUUUUAGAUGUUGACGAUUUAGCUUACGGAUUUUAUAUUUGGCUUGGCGCUUGUGGUAUUUCUAUUAUUGGAUUUUUGUUGGAACUAGUUGCUCAUUGUUUAAUAGUGUUUAGACAAAAUUGUUGUGAUUCGUGUAUAUUUGGUAGAUUACGGUGGUGUGGAAGAAUCAGAUCUGAUCCUGAAUAAAGAUUUAGUCAGCACUAAUUAAGAGACAAUUCAAUUGUG